AUGUUUCGAGGCAAUUUUAAUAGAUAAUCUCUUAAGCCAUAAGUGGUUACUUUUUAAAAUGUUCUAGACUAAGUCAAUGCUCUUGAUCAUAGAGCUCUUAAUGUAAUAAUAUAUUUCAUUCAAUUUAGCUUUUAUAAAAAAUGGUUAAUCCAUCUUAUAUGAAUAUUUUUGCAACUGCUGCUCUUGUCUCCUUGUUUGCAGGUCUUAUACGAGAGAUACCUUGUGAAUUAUUGGAUGAAAAGGUAAAUCAAUUUAUAAAUAUAGAAACUUAAUUGGAGUUUAUUAAAUAUGUUUUUAAAUGAUGUUGAGAAAUUCUUAGAAAACUUAAAGAAAUUUAAAGACUUUAUUAAUAAAAAUUAGAUUACAUCAAAAAAUAUGCAAAUAGCUAAUUAUUGGAUUCAAAAAUAUAAUGAAAUAUAAUAAGAGUAAAAUCAAUUCAUUAAUUUAGUAAUUAAUAUUCAGUUUCAUAUGCAUUCAUUUAAAUUACUUAAAUGAUAAUAAAACUUGAUAAAUAACUUAAUUAGAGAUUACCUUCAAGUCCUGCAAGGUCUCUGUCUGCAUCACCAAGCCCAAAGAUGCAUGAUACUGAUGAUAUUGAUGAAAUUGAUGAAAUUAAAACCUAAGCUGAAAGAAUGAGUGUAAGAGAUCCAGCAAAAACAAAAGGGUUGAAACUCUAAAUAGUUCCUAAUAAACCUAUCUAAUAAACACCUACACAUAAACACACAUAAAGCCAAUAAAUAAAAUAAAUCCCAUCUAUUCAUGCUCCAAUUAUUCCAAAAAAGAAAUGA